ACUGAAAAAAUAGGAGUAUAAUAAUACAAUAUAUAUUACAAUAGUCAUAUAAUAAUUUAAGAGGUUUGCACAUUUCAACGGGGAUACAAUAUGUGUCACACCUCUAUCGUUGACGUCAUAUCCGGCUUAUUUUCCGCUGCACCGCUAGUAAAAAGGAAACCGCACGCAUCGUAGAGCCGGAGCUGACUUUGUUGACUCUUCGAUACAAAAAGACGGAGUCCGCGAAACGAAAUCAGCAUAAAUAUUAAUAUGUAAGAUGGCAGUUAACCUCGAGCGAACCCUGGGUUCGAUUCAGCGCGUUAAAGUCGACCGCGGAGGACAAUUACUGUGUUGAAGCCUCAGAAGACUGCCCGCUGGUUAACUGAACGCCAACCGAACAGAGACUGUAAUGUACCAUGACUGAAUCUUGAGAGCACCGUCUCUCGAAAAAACGCGACGCGGAAGGAGAGUGUGGUGUGGAUGUGCCUUUAGCUACCUCCGAGCUGUGUGAAUAUCACUGUUUACACCAUGAAGAACUGCGAGUACCAGCAGAUCGACCCGCGGACGUUGGUUGUGUCGCCCUCGUCGGCGCAGAAACACACGGAGAAGAAGGCUGAGCGGCCGCGGAGGAAAUGGGAAGUGUUCCCAGGGAAGAACCGGUUUUUCUGCGGUGGACGGAUCAUGCUGGCCAGACAGAGCGGUGUCCUUCCUCUGACUCUGGGCCUUAUUGUUUUCACUUGUGGCCUUUUCUUUGGAUUCGAUUGCUCCUUCCUGGUAGAGCAUCUGACGGUCUUCAUACCUAUGAUUGCUGCGGUGCUCUUUCUGUUUGUUGUCAUCUCCCUGCUGUGGACCAGCUUCACAGACCCAGGCAUCUUACCCAGGGCCUCUCCAGAUGAAGCUGCAGACAUAGAGAAGCAGAUAAAUACCUCAGGAUCCUCUACAUAUCGCCCCCCUCCACGGACAAAGGAGAUCCUCAUUAACCAGCAGGUGGUGAAGCUCAAAUACUGCUUCACUUGUAAAAUGUUCCGGCCUCCACGAACCUCCCACUGCAGCCUGUGUGACAACUGUGUGGAACGAUUUGACCACCACUGUCCGUGGGUGGGAAACUGCGUGGGCAAACGCAAUUACCGCUUUUUCUACAGCUUCAUCAUCUCUCUGUCAUUCCUGACAUCUUUUAUUUUUGGCUGUGUCAUCACACACAUCACUCUCCGUUCUCAAAUUUGCAAAAGCCUUGUUCAAGCCAUUCAAGAAAGCCCUGCCAGUGUGGUGGAGUUGGUGGUUUGUUUCUUCUCCAUCUGGUCUAUACUGGGCCUCUCAGGCUUCCAUACCUAUUUAGUAGCCUCCAACCUCACAACAAAUGAAGAUAUAAAGGGCUCCUGGUCAAGUAAAAGAGGUGCAGACGAGUCUGGGAACCCGUACAGUCACAGCAGCAUCAUAACCAACUGCUGUGCAACGUUAUGUGGGCCCAUGCCCCCGAGUCUCAUAGACAGACGAGGUUUCGUGCCUCCUGAUGAGGCCAUCCCUGCUGCGUCUGCCUCAGAGAUAGAGCUGCCACUCUUCACGGCCAAGAAUGACGCACACAUGUGCACUCAGAGCACAAAGGACAUGUUGGAGAGGAUGGUCCACUCCUCAGACUUCCAUGGCCUGUGUCUACCUGGCACCUCUAAGACCGCUCCGCUUGGUUUGGGGGUCACCAGUACGCCAGCACGAUCCACACAGCCUUCGCCGUCUGCUCUGUGCUCACAGCAGCAUGUUCACCAGCCUGUGGCCUUGCCGUGCACCACAUACAGUAGAAGCAGCAAGAGGGACUCGCUGCUCUCCAUCAACCCAGCGUUCCGUCUGGCGUCUCCCUCUCCAUCACUGAGUCGUGUCAGCUUGAUUCUGGACGAUUCGCCCGACUCUGGCUUCGUCCCAAUACCGUGAGCGUGUACCCAGUUAUUAGAGGAGA